AUUGCAGUGGUACAGUAUGGGAAGGAAGAGACCGGAUGCUGAGCUCGGGGUUCAGGGAGAUGGUGCUCGAGGGAUGAAGGCGGGGUGGAUGCUCGGAACAUAAGGAGAGUGGUUGGAAACAACAUCAUGUGCCAAAGGAUAAGGAUGCAGGGGAUGAUGGAGGGCAGCGCGUUAUUGAGCCUCCGCUUUUUCUGUUGGGUCAAUACUAGAAGCGCCGCAGAGAUCAGCAGGUGUAUGGCUGGACAUUGCAGGCAGAGUUAUUGUGCAUCUCAGUCAGAUGAUCGUCAGACUGAUUAUCACAUGCUGUGUCAUGAAGCCCAGGAACAUUGACCAUAUUAUUUAAAUCCUGGAAUAAUUAGAGGCGUAUAAUGGAAGGCAAACACUCCAUCCUCCAAUUGCACAAACCCAUUAUGGAGCUUUGCUACGUCAGCUUCUUCCUUCCCAGAGGUAAUGUCAGGGGAUUCACAUACAAACGCUGUGUAACUCGAGACAAAGCCAGAACAUGUUUUGAUAACUGUUAUCGAAUCAGGGAGGAGAGAGAGACUGCAGUGCAUAAAGAUCCACCUUAUGAAACAUUUACAGAGGCCCUGAAGGAAGCCACAACCCAAAACAUUCUGACAGAGCUCUACAAACUCACAGCUGCUAAGGACAGACUUUUAGUUCAGCUCCUAGAAGUCUCCCAUAAUCCAGGAUCUAUAAUGGGAAACCAGGAUGGCAAGCUUCAGGAUCUUCCAGAUGGUUAUAAAUUUCCAGAAGACGAGGCACACGGCCAUGUCGAUUUCCAUGAGUCAUUUUCGGUUUCAAUGGAGAAGAAGGUGCCUUCAGCAAAGGUAAAGAAAAAUAGAAGGCUUAGUCGGAGGAAAGAAAGUAUAGAAGAUUUUGUAAACAAGAAGAUGAAAUGGAAAAGUACCACAGAAGCUUCGGCAGCACAGGUCAGAGACAAAACAUCCUCAGCAAAGGUUUCCCUGACGGGCUCCACGGAUUCAUUGUCACGCCCAAAACUGCAGUCUGUGGAGAACAAGGAUAGCUAUUUACCAGGGCCCACGGUGAAAAAUACACAGGGUAAGCUGAGUGAAAGCUCAGGGAUGCUGGGUUGUGAGUCUGCAAUGGGAAGCUUACUGUCUGUAUAUGAUAAUGAUGUGUUUGCUGAUUUUUCUCUGCUGCCUCACAGUGACAGUCUUUUGAGAGAACUUCAAGGUGCAAUCGACAUUAUGCCAGAGCAACCACUGGAAGGUUAUAUAUUUGACAAGCAUAGCAUUGAGCACGAGAGCAAUGAGCAGGCAUCCAGUGGGACAAAUAUAAAGACAGUUACAGCUAAAUUGCAGGACAUUAGCACUUGUGUGCACAAAGUGAUUCAUACCUAUAACUAUCCAGAAGUUGAGGAAAGGAGGUGUGGAAAUAUCACUGCCCUCUCUGAUGAAUCAAAGGAGUUUGUAUCACAGAUUGAUGUACCAACGGUGAAUAAAUCUUUAGAGUGGCAUAGAGAAAAGCAGCUAUAUGGGGGCCUUGAUAAUGACAGGCAUGGUAGACUAGAGACACACAAUAAUAUUGAGCCACUACCUUCUGGAUAUGUUAACAAAAGUCUUCUCAGGGUUGUGCAAAGUGACAACAUGGAAGAAACAGAGUAUUGGCUGGGACAGAUGGACAAAAGAGGAGAAAAGUGCAGCUAUGGCCUUAAGCUGCCAGAGAAACAAAGUAAAUCACAAGAAUCAUUAAACCAUCUAACUGUGUCUCAUAGCACUGAUAUUAAGUUACAAGACAAGCCUACUGCAGUAAAAACACCAACCUUUGAUAUGGCCAGCAGUGUUCAACCACCAUGUACUUUGUGCAAAAGGAAUUCCCCUGUUUCUUCCCCUGUAUCUUCUCACCUGUCCAGCCCUCAGUCCCAUCACAGGAUUUUCCCUUUGCAAAGCCAACAUCCAGAGGAAGAUUUAAAGUUGUGCGGUAGAGAACACUGGUCUGCCAUACCUGAUAUAUAUAAGGAGCCAUCAUCACUCCAUGAAUUUAAAGAAUCCUUCACUUUUAACCUGAGCCCUGAUAACGAUGUUGUUGAUGACCUGUGGCAAAACGCUAAAGGAAAAAAUACCACAUUACAGCCUAAUCUGCCUCCUCCAGGAGGUGGCGAAGUCAUUAAAGAUGUUUUCAGAACUUCCUCUGGUCUCCAGGCUGGUGUCAACGAAGAGGUGUCAAGUGCUUGUGAUAAUAAAACCAUUGUGGGGAGGCCUGACCGCAGUGGUUUGCAUCUCAGUCUGGAAAUACAUCCUGACCUCAGUCCUACUGAUGGAGAAGACCGAACCCCAGGACGACUCCAAGCUGUGUGGCCACCGCCAAAGCCCAAAGAUGAAGAAGAAAAAGUGGGUCUGAAAUACACUGAAGCAGAGUAUCAGGCUGCUAUCCUGCACUUGAAGAGAGAACACAAGGAUGAGACAGAGGAGCUGAAGUCUCAGUCUGAAGUGACGAUCUUCAAUGUGCGAGGGGAACAAGCAGUGCAGACAGCAAGAUUAGAGGAGGAAAUUCAGAAGCUGCAAGAGGAACUACAUAGUAAACUCAGUCACCAGAGAGGGGAGACCAGGGAUGUUUGUGUGUCAACCGAAGAUGAGAAUUCUCCACGAACUUUCCGAAAUGUAUGCAUCCAAACUGACCGCGAGACUUUUUUGAAACCCAGCGAGGAGGACAAAUGUCAAAAGAGCGACCCCAUUUUACCCAAGAAACUAGACAUUGUAUCAAUCAAUCAGAACCUCACUAGUCCCAGCAGUCCUACUAGUCCCAGUGAUAAUUCUCAACGCAAUUUGACUUCAACCUCCUUGUUAGUUACUCCACCACCUCCCAACCUCCUUUCUGCAUCUUCAGAAAAACCCUCUUCUCCAACACCCUCAAAUUGCAGUAUUGUUCCACCGCCUCCACCACUUCCAGGUGUCCCUUCUGUUCCACCACCUCCACCUCUUCCUGGUUUUAGCUCUGUUCCCCCUCCUCCCCCUCUUCCAGGUUUUAGUUCUGUCCCACCACCUCCCCCUCUUCCAGGUUUUAGUUCUGCCCCACCACCUCCACCUCUUCCUGGUUUUAGCUCUGUUCCACCACCUCCCCCUUUUCCAGGUGGGGGUCCUCCUCCACCUCCUCCUUUACCUGGUUCUGGAAGCACAGCAAUUCCUCCACCCCUUCCUUUACCACCCCCUGGGUUGUUUUUUGGACUAUCAUCUGCCGGAAAACCUCGGAAAGCCCCUGUAGAGCCUGGUUGUCAAAUGAAGCCACUUUAUUGGACAAGGAUUCAAUUAAAAAAUGGCAGUUCCAGCCAAACGUUAUGGGAGAUCCUGAAAGAGCCCACCAUUGUAGACCCCAAAGAAUUUGAGGACCUGUUUGCAAAAAUCACUGUUCAACAGAAGAAGAAACCACUGUCAGACUCUUAUGAGAAGAGAGCUAAAGCUAAGCAGGUUGUAAAGCUACUCGAUGGGAAGAGGUCUCAGGCUGUGGGCAUUUUAAUAUCCAGUUUACAUCUGGACAUGAAGGAUAUUCAACAAGCAAUUCUUAAUGUAGAUAAUUCAGUUGUGGAUCUAGAGACUCUUGAAGCCUUGUAUGAAAAUAGGGCUCAGAAGGAAGAACUGGAAAUCAUCAAAAAACACUAUCAGACAUCUAAAUCUGAGGAAGUGAAACUGCUGGAUAAACCUGAACAGUUCCUUUAUGAGCUGUCCCAGAUUCCAAACUUCGUAGAGCGAUCUCAGUGCAUUAUAUUCCAGACUGCCUUUCUAGAAGGAAUAAGCGCAGUGAGGAGGAAGGUGGAUUUCAUCAGUCGGGCCUGCACUUGCCUCUUGGAGAUGGUCUCUGUGAAGGAUAUAAUAGGUUUAAUUCUUGCUUUUGGAAACUACAUGAAUGGAGGCAACCGGACUCGUGGGCAGGCAGAUGGAUUUGGAUUGGAAAUCCUUCCCAAACUGAAGGAUGUUAAAAGUAGGGAUAACAAAGCCUGCCUGGUGGAUUAUGUUGUACGUUAUUAUCUACGAUAUUUUGAUCCGGAUGCUGGAACAGACAAAAGUGUUUUUCCACUGCCAGAACCCCAGGACCUUUUACUGGCUUCACAGGUGAAAUUUGAGGACCUGGACAAAGACUUGCGUAAACUUAAAAAAGACAUUGAAGUUUGUGACAAGCAGCUGAAAGCAGUGGUAAAAGACUCACCUAAAGAGAAUAUCCAGCCAUUUAAGGACAAGAUGUCAUCUUUUUUAAACAAAGCCAAAGAAGAAUAUAAGACAGAAGAAAGUAAACUGACCAGAUCACAAAGCAGGUUUGAAAAAACAGUUGAAUAUUUUGGGUGUAAGCCAAAGGGCAAUGAUAAAGAGAUCAACCCCAACGCCUUCUUCGUGUUGUGGUAUGAAUUCUGCGUUGACUUCAAGAGUGUGUGGAAAAGAGAGAGCAAAGUCCUCUCCACCGAAAGGCUUCGCCAGGCUCAGGAAUCUGUAAAUAAACUGACAGCAGAAAAGAAGGUUGAAACCAGGAAGAUUAACCCUGCAGCAAGUCUGAAAGAAAAGCUGCGUCAGAAAGAAGCAAGUGUCACCAGCAACUAAGAAGCUCAGGUCAUGGAAGUCUUGGAAGAAGAAUCAGAAGGCCUGCAAAGGCUCUAGCUAAAAGCCAGCAUUAGAGCUCCCAUGGAUACCUUUGUUGUCAUUGAGCUGCCUCAGAUCAGUGUAAUUAAUGCAGCAAACAUUCAUUACUAUGUAUGACAGCAGCCAACAUGUAGGUGUUGUACAAUCAUAAUGCACUUUGUGCACAGAUAACAUGUAUAUAAUUAUAAUUCUUCUAUAUAUUCAGAGCCCAUUAGUACAAAUGGGAUAUAUAUAUAUAAACACACAAAGAGUGAGAGAACAAUAGUGACACAGAGAGAGAGAAAUAUAUAUAUAUAUAGUAUACAUACUAUAUAAAAAAUGUGUUCUUAGACAUAAUAAUUAGCUUGAAAAGCACUGAUUUGAAUCAGUUGGUUCAGGAUUUAUAUUAUUUUUAUAGUAAGCCUGUGCAGAUUGUUGUACAAUAUAUAUAUAAAAUAUUUAUGUAUAAUGUUGGAUGUAACUUGUUUUUGUAGCUUGCAAACUUUAUUCAUGAAGAAUAUUUCGAUUGACUUUUUCAAGAUUCUUGAGCUGACUUGAGAAAACGCAGCAUGUUUCAUUAGGACAGAGAUGGGAAGCUUACUUAUGGUCUUUAAAUACAGCUUUAAAGGCUAGAAAAGUGUCCCACAUCAUAAAUGAGGCACUUUCUAGGGUAACUCUGUAGUGACACUAGUCAUUAAGGAAUGCUGAAUGCAUAUUCUUCAUCACUGGUCCCAGCCAGCUAGGUAUUGGCCAGACCCAGUAUGUUUUGUGUUAAGUGUACCGUUCAUAGGUGAAGUCCAUCACUAGAUGGGAUAUUAAUUUUUUGAAAUCCAUCACCUCCAUACACCUGUAUCACACCCAGACACAGUACUCAUUGGUGCAGACCUAAUGACAGGAGACUUGCUGUGUUGCCCUGACCUAAUAUGUCACAGUCUUGCAGAGUAUUUUGGGAAAGAUAGCAAACAGUGUUGCAAUUAUGAAGUACGGCGUUUGCACAUUAUCAAAAUCAGCAUUUCUUUGGAUAAAGUGUGAUUUACAUUUAGUAUAAUGUGCUUUUUCCAGAAGUACAUACUUUCACUGACCAAAGCAGCUAUUGCGCUAUGUAUUUGUUUUGGCGUAAGUAUGCUUUUAUAAAUCCGUUUUAUUGUGCCUUUUUUUUAAAUUCUACUCAGCAAGUUUCCAUAUGCCUAGUUGGAAUUCUGAAUUGAUUGCAGAGAAGUGGCAUGCAAGUCAUGAGCAUUAGCUUGAGGUGCAUUUACCUGAACAGAUGUGCACUUGUAUGUAAACGUUUGCCCCUUUGCUGCAAUAAAACCAUGUCACCUUUUAUAUAUAACCAUUGAAUAUCUGGGCUGUUGUAUAUUCAAGCCUUGAGACACAUCAAAUACAUUACCUUACAGUGACUGCUUUAGCCGGGCCAUGCCAAUCACCAUCUUUUUCUGUUGUUAUGAAUGUUUUAUUAAUUAAUAUCAAAAUGUGAUAGCGGUGUCUUUAAUAGGAAGUAUUUGCAUCUGAAAAACGUGUUUAAAGUCUAUUCCUAUUCUUUAGUUAGAGAUAUUUAUAGAGGAAGAUUAUUUUUACUUAGGGUAUUCUUUUCAACAUAUUGACAGCUUGACAAACCUUUCUUCAUAACUCAGACCUUCCAUACCCUUUAUUCGCUUAUUAUUACCUCUACAUGAAUCUUUACCCCUUUUAAUACAGGACAGUAGCCUUGCUGGCCCUUUCUGCUGCUGACUGUUACCUACUAUAGUUAUGUUUAUUACCCCUUCUCCAUCGCAUAAUUUUUCUAAGUUAAUGCCAUAAAGGAUAUAGGAUAUAAUGGAUAUAGGUAGUCUACAUGUUUUUUUUUGUGAUUUAUCAAAAAUUAAUUUCCUCUUCCACCCUAUUACCAAUUUGUCAAGACCCCUCCUCAAAAAGUACAAAUGCUGGAUACAUGUAACUGCCCCAUAUACUUGUAAAUUCAUUAACAAAAUCAUUUUAUAUAAGUGGAUCAAUACAGAACCUUGUCCCACAGCUCUUAGAAACCUUGCCCAGUUGGAGAUUGUACCAAUAACACUCACCCCCGCUGAUUACUAUCUUUUAUUUAGUCCUCUAGUCAUGUAUAAACAGCUUCACCAUGACCAACAUACUUUAGUUAAUAAUAGUGAAGGAAGAAAACUUAAAUAAAUAGAAAAAAAUAAAAGAGUUAGGUAACUAACUAAUAUCCUUGGGCUCAGAUUACAGCAGGGAGAGGGAAAAGGCAGGGGGAGAGAGGAGCACACUGAGCAUGCUCAAGCCCUAGCC